AUGACGACCCGCGCAGAUGUCGAGUCCGACAGGGAGAAGCAGCCCGAAGACCUCGUCAAUGAGGUCCCCGAGUCGUCAAGCUCCUCGACCGCCGAGGAGGCGAAACCGAACCCCCCGCUGUACUGGAAACUCAUCGCCGUCGUCCUCAUCUCCUGCAUCAGCUUCGGCUCAUCAUGGAGUUCGGGCAUCACCGGCGCCCUCAAGUCGACGCUCAAGAAGGAGCUCGACAUCAACAACAAGCAAUUCUCGCUGCUCGAAGCCAGCGAGGACUUCAUGGUCACCCUCCUGAUUCUCUUCAGCGGAAUUCUGACCGACAGGAUUGGGGGAGCCGGGGCCAUGUUGUAUGGUAACAUUAUCUACUCCAUCGGCUCCAUCAUCGUUGCCGCUGCUGCUCAGGUCCGCUCUUUCAAGCUCAUGAUCGGCGGCCGGGUGAUCCUCGCGCUCGGCGAUAUCGCGACGCAGGUGGCCCAGUACAAGGUCUUCAGCUCCUGGUUCUCGCCCAACAACGGCUUCGCCUCGACCCUGGGCCUCGAGCUCGGCAUCAAGAAGAUUGGCGGCUUCGUCGGCAAGUCGUCGGCCAACAUCAUCGCCAAGAACACGGGCAACUUCGCCUGGGUCUUCUGGGUGUCGGUGUUCAUGAACGUCUUCACCAACGUGCUCACCCUCGUCUUCUACCGCUUCAACGGCAUCGCCCACAAGAAGUUCGGCAACGUCACGGACCCGGCGACGGGCGAGAAGCUCACGGAGAAGUCCAAGAAGUUCGAGCCGAAGAAGGUCCUGGAGCUGCCCUGGGUAUUCUGGACCAUCAUGGCCUUCUCGCUCUUCCAGACCAGCACCGCCGUUGUCUUUACCCAGAACGCCACGGAACUGGCCGAGAAGAGAUUCAACACCGACUCCAUCACUGCCGGUUGGUACUCGGCGACUCUGCAGUACGCCGGGUUCUUCUUGGUGCCGUGCAUCGGUGCCUUUAUUGACAUUCUGGGCAACCGUAUCACUUUGCUCGCCAUUUGUGGUACUGGAGUCUUUUUGGCUAUGGGCCUUGUCAACUGGGCUACCGACACCAAGGGAACGGCUGCUGCCUUUGGCAUCUACGCGGUUGCUUUCACUCUUGGCCCUACUACAAUCAUCGAUAGUAUCCGGACCUCCAUGUGGCAUGGAUCAACCUUUGGCUCCGCGUAUGCCGUGAAGGUCGCCAUGAACAAUGCCAUGAACAUCAUCGUCCGUGUCGUGACCGGCGCCAUCCAGGACGCCGACAACGAUAGCUACGACCGUGUUGUCAUCGUCUACGUCGUCCUCGCCGCUGCGUCGGUUCUGGUGUCCAUCAUGCUGGUCGGGCUGUCGUGGUGGUCUGUCGACCUCGGAAACCUGCAGUGGACCAGGAAGCAGCGCAUCAAGAACGGCGAGCUGUGGAACGAGAGAAAGAGGGCAUUUUACGAGGACAACGGAGCGCGCAACAAGCUCAUCUCCAAGAGCUGCUUCGGCGCCUUGAUCAUGCUGAUCCUGGGCGCUUGGUCGGCGUACUUCUGGGGUGUCGCCACUGGCAACAACUCAUAG